AUGAAAUCUCUCCAAAUCAACAUUCCUUUCCUUGAAGCUUUAGUUGAAAUGCCAAAAUAUGCCAAGUUUCUCAAGGACUUGUUAACAAACCGUAAGAAGAUUGAGGGGUUAUCAAAGGUAGUAUUGAAUGAAACUUGUUCUGCUGCAAUGCUAAACAUGCUACCAAAGAAGAUGGGAGAUCCAGGAAGCAUAACCUUGCCAUGCCAAUUCGGGAAUCUAGCAACAAGUCAUGCUCUAGCUGACUCGGGAGCAAGUGUCAACUUAAUGCCCUAUUUGUUCUUCAAGAAGCUCGACCUUCCCGAACCAAGACUGGUCCGCAUGGUUAUCCAUUUAGCCAAUAAAACUAUGACGUUUCCAAGGGGUAUUUGUGAAGAUUUGCUGGUGAAAGUAGAUAAGUUCAUUUUUCCUGCGGAUUUUAUUGUGUUGGAUAUGGAUGAAGACGAGCAAGUCCCAAUCAUACUUGGAAGGCCAUUUUUGAGAACCGUCCAAGCUUUAGUUGAUAUAAGGGAGUCCUAG